UCUGCCGCUCCUGGUGCUGCUUGUGUGCUCGUUCCGUGCGGACCUGGUACCUCUUUUGUGAAGUGGCAGCUGAAGAGACUCCGGUGCUCGCCAUGGCCAACGAAAAGCCCAAGGAAGGAGUCAAGACUGAGAACAACGAUCAUAUUAAUUUGAAGGUGGAGGGGCAGGAUGGUUCUGUGGUGCAGUUUAAGAGUAAGAGGCAUAUGCCACUUAGUAAACUAAUGAAAGCCUACUGUGAACACAGGAAUUUUUCAUGGUUGGAAAUGGAGGAUGAAGAUACAAUUGAUGUGUUCUGGCAGCAGACAGGAGGUGUCUACUAA